GACCAGGCAUGGGUGCUCCUUUGGUCUCUGUAGCAGUUGUAGCAAGAACUGUUGCACAGCUUUGGAAAAAGCCAAUAGUGGCUGUUAACCAUUGCAUAGGACACAUUGAGAUGGGUCGGUUGGUAACAGGUGCUGUCAAUCCCACUGUUCUUUACGUCAGUGGUGGAAACACUCAAGUGAUUGCAUACUUGGAGCGACGAUAUCGUAUUUUUGGAGAAACCAUUGAUAUUGCUGUUGGGAACUGUUUGGAUAGGUUUGCAAGAGUCCUUAAGCUUUCAAAUGAUCCAAGCCCAGGAUACAACAUAGAACAAAUGGCUAAGAGGGGAAAGAAGCUUAUUGAAUUACCAUACACAGUGAAAGGAAUGGAUGUUUCAUUUUCAGGAAUUUUAUCAUACAUUGAGAGUAUGGCACCCAAAUUACUUGAAUCAGGAGAAUGCACACCGGAGGAUUUGUGCUUCUCCCUGCAGGAAACAGUUUUUGCCAUGCUCAUUGAAACAACAGAGAGAGCAAUGGCUCACUGUGGGUCCAGUGAGGUUCUUAUUGUUGGUGGAGUGGGAUGCAACAAGAGAUUACAAGAAAUGAUGGGUGUGAUGGCUAAAGAGAGGGGAGCUAAACUUUAUGCCACUGAUGAAAGGUUCUGUAUAGACAAUGGGGUAAUGAUAGCACAAGCUGGCUGGGAGAUGUUCCGCUCUGGGUGUGUCACUCCUCUAGAGGAAACCACAUGUACACAGAGGUACAGAACAGAUGAAGUUGAAGUGACAUGGAGAGACAACAGCUAAUUCACACGUUGGCAUUUUGCAGUCCUAUACACACAUAUCCCUAUACGCAAAUAUCCUUGCACUGUAUCAACUAGCGGGCAUGAAAAUGUAAAUUUGAUGCCCCCAAAACACUCAACUCUACCAGGUGAAAACAUUUUUGUUCAUGGUUGAAAAAUUUGCCAUCUUUCCUACAUAGUGUUUAACCACACACAACAACAACAUCCUCACUGUUCUUAGCAAUAUGCAAUAGGCACGUUGCAUCAUCAUUUCCUAGCUGUGACCAGUGAUGAAAGAGUGUGAAACCUUUCUUUUCUCCCAUCCUUCUUUAAGGAAAGAUUUGACCUGAAUUAUCUCAAAAUUAACUGAAAAACUCCUGAUAAGGUACAAUUAAGAUUGUAAUUUGUUAGUGGCUACACUUUUGAAAGAUUCUAAUUGAACUCUGUUACUCCCAAAAUCUGCUACACAUUUCCUUGUAAGUUAAUAACAAGUGUUUGGCAUUAGAUCAAGAUAACAAAUUCUAACUGAUAA